CCAUUGCUCUCCCCGUCGAAGAGGAUAUUGAUGAUCGAGGGUGUCCGUGAAGAGAGACAGAUCGAGAGACAGGACCAUCCACUCGCCGGUCAAUUACCAACUAAGUUGCCGCCGUCAGUCAACACACAGACAUGCGCCAAUCUUCCAAGAGUCUACCUAUACGGCGUCUGCUCGUUACUGCGCUGUAUCUCGCGAAAGCGCUCGCUGUCUCUCUGAGUCUCUCUCUCGUCCGGCCCCCUGCAACUACACUAGCACACUACCGCGAUCCUUGUUCUCGCUCGCUCUCACCUCCACCCCACCAGAUUUCCCGACCCUUCUUUUUCCUCGCGGCCGGCCAACUCAAUAGACGCACACCUGGGGCUCUACCCUCCACUCCGUCCCGCUUCCCUUUGGGACGCCCUCCCCCGCAGCAGCCUUUCCUCAGGCCCUUUUUUGGUGUCCGCAGUGGGAUGGGGACCAGAAAGCGAGCAGAGAGAGAAAGUGAACUGUGAGAGAAAGCCAGAGAGCUCCAGCAGUGACCGCACACACACCCACCCUCCUCAUCGGCUCAUCCACCUCCUCCGGCUCCCCCUUGAUCGAUGAUCUUUU